AAAGAAUCACGUUUGUUUUCUUUCUUGCGUUCCUGCAGCACCCUCAUCUCUCAGAGCACCAAGGCCGUCAACCAGUUCACCGACACCCUGCGCACUCAGGUGGCGCCGCUCACCAAAGACCUGGUGUCCAGGGUCUCCCAGGAGGCCGAGAACCUGAAGGUGCGUCUGCAGAAAGACCUGACCGUCGUGGGCACCAACCUGCAGCCCUACGCCGAGGAGAUGAUGUCAGAACUCCAGCGGCAGGUGGAGGAGCUGAGAAACGAUGCGGUCCCCUACGCCGAGAACAUGGACCCCGAGGCCCUGAAGACGGUCCUGCUGCAGAGGAGCCAGAACCUGAAGGAGCAGCUGGAAAAGAACAUUGAGCAGCUGCAGGAGCAGAUGGUUCCCUUCACCGAGGAGAUGAGGCAGAAGGUGG